GUGAACCUGCCACACGGCCUCUCAUCUGCCAACACCUUCUCCUCUGCCUCCAGCAGCACCCGCCUCUGCAGCCAGGAGACCACCCCAGCCGCCCGGCCUCACCCAUGGGGAACAGCAAAAGCGGGGCCCUGUCCAAGGAGAUCCUGGAGGAGCUGCAGCUGAACACCAAGUUCACAGAGGAGGAGCUGUGUGCCUGGUACCAGUCCUUCCUGAAGGACUGUCCCAGCGGCCGCAUCACGCGACAGGAGUUCCAGAGCAUCUACGCCAAGUUCUUCCCCGAAGCCGACCCCAAGGCCUACGCCCAGCAUGUGUUCCGAAGCUUCGACGCCAACAGCGACGGCACCCUGGACUUCAAGGAGUAUGUCAUCGCCCUGCACAUGACCUCCGCGGGCAAGACCAACCAGAAGCUGGAGUGGGCCUUCUCCCUCUACGACGUGGACGGCAACGGAGCCAUCAGCAAGAACGAAGUGCUGGAGAUCGUCAUGGCUAUUUUCAAAAUGAUCAGUCCCGAGGACGCGAAGAACCUUCCAGAGGAUGAAAACACCCCAGAGAAGCGAACCGAGAAGAUCUGGGGGUUCUUUGGAAAGAAAGAUGAUGACAAACUCACGGAGGAAGAGUUCAUCGAGGGGACCCUGGCCAAUAAGGAAAUCCUGCGACUGAUCCAAUUUGAGCCUCAAAAAGUGAAGGAAAAGUUAAAGGAGAAGAAACCCUGAUGCCAACUGCACAGCCCUGUCCCCCUCACCCCUUCCCCCGCCGCGCACAGAAACCCGGGCAUGCGCACACCUCCCCAGGGGCCAAGGGGGUUUCCCAGGCCUUAGCGUCCCUCCUGUUCCUCCCAGCCACCUCCUCUCUCUUGCCCGCUCCUUGGGGCCUCCGUGAUAAUCCCAGGAUUGGGUCGCUGGAGUCCUACCAACCCUCCCCCACCCCCCCACCACCGUGUAAGCUCCUUUGUGGUUUGCUGGGUAAGCAGGUUCCAAUAAAUGCGAGAGGAGCUGGGCACACA